AUGGCUGGUGCGGCCACCGCAGCCACAGCAGUGCUGCUGGCACUGCUACUGGCCUCCCCAAACGCACACGCAGGCGAUUGGGAAUGCCCGACUUACUCCGCCGUUGACAACUUCGAAGUCUCUUCCUACUCCAACAACGACGGCAACUUCAACUGGAACGGCCCUUGGGUCGAAGAGGACCCAAACGGCGGCGGCGUGACCUCCGGCAGGGUUCGCAUCGAGAACGGCGAUCUCCGCCUCGACGACAUCGGCAGCACCCGCCAGCGCAUCGCUGCCACGCGCUCUGUUGAUCUCAGCAGCGCCGACCACAGCGCCACGCUCCAGCUGGAGUACCACACCGUCGGCGACGUCGAACGCACAGACGAGUUUGUCAUUGAAGUGUCAAAGGACGGCAAUAGCUUUGUGGCCCUGGACACCAUCAGCGCUACCUCCUGCCGCGACAACAAGCAAUCCCGCAUCUACACCAUCUCCAAGUACGCGUCCCGCCACACCACCAUCCGCAUCCGCAUCAAGGACGGCUUCCGUGGCCGCGACGAAGGCAUCAUCAUCGACUGGAUUGCCGUCACCUUCUCCUCGUGCAGCCCCUAUUCAUCCACAACCACAACACGGGCAGCCACAACCACCACCACCAAGGCACGCACCACGACCACGACACGGGCACCCACCACCACCACGACACGCGCUCCCACCACGACCACGACACGCGCUCCCACCACGACCACGACAGAGCGGGCCACGACAACGGCAGGCGGACCAUGCGAUCCUAACCCGUGCCAGAACGGCGGCACCUGUGAGGUGUACUGGUGGAAGUACUACAAGUGCUACUGCCCAGACGGCUUCCGUGGCUCAAACUGCGAGGAGCAGAACGACAUCUGCGACAGCAACCCAUGCCUGAACGGCGGCACGUGCAAGUCCAAGGACCACGGCCGGGACUACAAGUGCUACUGCCCCCACGGGUACAAGGGCGAGCGCUGCGAGAUCAACCGCUACACCACCACGCCCUCGCGCCCCACCACCACGGAGAACGACAUCUGCGACACCAACCCGACCACGGCCGGGACUACAAGUGCUACUGCCCCCACGGUACAAGGGCCGAGCGCUGCGAGAUCAAUCCGCUACACCACCACGUCCUCGCGACCCACCAGCACGGAGAACGACAUCUGCGACACCAACCCAUGCCUGAACGGCGGCACGUGCAAGUCCAAGGACCACGGCCGGGACUACAAGUGCUACUGCCCCCACGGGUACAAGGGCGAGCGCUGCGAGAUCAACCGCUACACCACCACGCCCUCGCGCCCCACCACCACGGAGAACGACAUCUGCGACAGCAACCCAUGCCUGAACGGCGGCACGUGCAAGUCCAAGGACCACGGCCGGGACUACAAGUGCUACUGCCCCCACGGGUACAAGGGCGAGCGCUGCGAGAUCAACCGCUACACCACCACGCCCUCGCGCCCCACCACCACGGAGAACGACAUCUGCGACACCAACCCGUGCCUGAACGGCGGCACGUGCAAGUCCAAGGACCACGGCCGGGACUACAAGUGCUACUGCCCCCACGGGUACAAGGGCGAGCGCUGCGAGAUCAACCGCUACACCACCACGCCCUCGCGCCCCAGCACCACGGAGAACGACAUCUGCGACAGCAACCCAUGCCUGAACGGCGGCACGUGCAAGUCCAAGGACCACGGCCGGGACUACAAGUGCUACUGCCCCCACGGGUACAAGGGCGAGCGCUGCGAGAUCAACCGCUACACCACCACGCCCUCGCGCCCCACCACCACGGAGAACGACAUCUGCGACACCAACCCGUGCCUGAACGGCGGCACGUGCAAGUCCAAGGACCACGGCCGGGACUACAAGUGCUACUGCCCCCACGGGUACAAGGGCGAGCGCUGCGAGAUCAACCGCUACACCACCACGCCCUCGCGCCCCACCACCACGGAGAACGACAUCUGCGACACCAACCCGUGCCUGAACGGCGGCACGUGCAAGUCCAAGGACCACGGCCGGGACUACAAGUGCUACUGCCCCCACGGGUACAAGGGCGAGCGCUGCGAGAUCAACCGCUACACCACCACGCCCUCGCGCCCCACCACCACGGAGAACGACAUCUGCGACACCAACCCGUGCCUGAACGGCGGCACGUGCAAGUCCAAGGACCACGGCCGGGACUACAAGUGCUACUGCCCCCACGGGUACAAGGGCGAGCGCUGCGAGAUCAACCGCUACACCACCACGCCCUCGCGCCCCACCACCACGGAGAACGACAUCUGCGACACCAACCCGUGCCUGAACGGCGGCACGUGCAAGUCCAAGGACCACGGCCGGGACUACAAGUGCUACUGCCCCCACGGGUACAAGGGCGAGCGCUGCGAGAUCAACCGCUACACCACCACGCCCUCGCGCCCCACCACCACGGAGAACGACAUCUGCGACACCAACCCGUGCCUGAACGGCGGCACGUGCAAGUCCAAGGACCACGGCCGGGACUACAAGUGCUACUGCCCCCACGGGUACAAGGGCGAGCGCUGCGAGAUCAACCGCUACACCACCACGCCCUCGCGCCCCACCACCACGGAGAACGACAUCUGCGACACCAACCCAUGCCUGAACGGCGGCACGUGCAAGUCCAAGGACCACGGCCGGGACUACAAGUGCUACUGCCCCCACGGGUACAAGGGCGAGCGCUGCGAGAUCAACCGCUACACCACCACGCCCUCGCGCCCCACCACCACGGAGAACGACAUCUGCGACAGCAACCCAUGCCUGAACGGCGGCACGUGCAAGUCCAAGGACCACGGCCGGGACUACAAGUGCUACUGCCCCCACGGGUACAAGGGCGAGCGCUGCGAGAUCAACCGCUACAGCACCACGCCCUCGCGCCCCACCAUCACGGAGAUCGACAUCUGCGACAGCAACCCAUGCCUGAACGGCGGCACGUGCAAGUCCAAGGACCACGGCCGGGACUACAAGUGCUACUGCCCCCACGGGUACAAGGGCGAGCGCUGCGAGAUCAACCGCUACACCACCACGCCCUCGCGCCCCACCACCACGGAGAACGACAUCUGCGACACCAACCCGUGCCUGAACGGCGGCACGUGCAAGUCCAAGGACCACGGCCGGGACUACAAGUGCUACUGCCCCCACGGGUACAAGGGCGAGCGCUGCGAGAUCAACCGCUACACCACCACGCCCUCGCGCCCCACCACCACGGAGAACGACAUCUGCGACACCAACCCGUGCCUGAACGGCGGCACGUGCAAGUCCAAGGACCACGGCCGGGACUACAAGUGCUACUGCCCCCACGGGUACAAGGGCGAGCGCUGCGAGAUCAACCGCUACACCACCACGCCCUCGCGCCCCACCACCACGGAGAACGACAUCUGCGACACCAACCCAUGCCUGAACGGCGGCACGUGCAAGUCCAAGGACCACGGCCGGGACUACAAGUGCUACUGCCCCCACGGGUACAAGGGCGAGCGCUGCGAGAUCAACCGCUACACCACCACGCCCUCGCGCCCCACCACCACGGAGAACGACAUCUGCGACAGCAACCCAUGCCUGAACGGCGGCACGUGCAAGUCCAAGGACCACGGCCGGGACUACAAGUGCUACUGCCCCCACGGGUACAAGGGCGAGCGCUGCGAGAUCAACCGCUACACCACCACGCCCUCGCGCCCCACCACCACGGAGAACGACAUCUGCGACACCAACCCGUGCCUGAACGGCGGCACGUGCAAGUCCAAGGACCACGGCCGGGACUACAAGUGCUACUGCCCACACGGGUACAAGGGCGAGCGCUGCGAGAUCAACCGCUACACCACCACGCCCUCGCGCCCCACCACUACGCGUGCACCCCCAACCACUACCGGUGAUGGUCCCUGUGAACCAAACCCAUGCGAGAAUGGCGGUACGUGCGAGGUGUACUGGUGGCUCUUCUUCACGUGCCACUGCCCUGAGGGCGUCUCUGGACGCACCUGCGAACAUGUCGACACCACCGCAACUACACGUGCUCCAACCACUACAACGACAGAGGCGACACCCACACGUCCGCGUACGACCACACCGCGCACAACAGCUGCAACAACGCCCAGGCCAACCACAACAACGACACCAGCAGCCACGACCCUGCCUGGCUACACAUGCUUGAAGGCACGCCAGUGUGAGGCAGCUCCGCCAGGCGAGAAGUACUGCAACACGGCUGUGCUGCAGCUGAACUGUGGUCCACGGAGAGUCAUCAAGGUUGCGCAUGCGUUCUACGGUCGUCGUGACAAGGACGUGUGCCCUGAUCCGCUGCUCCGUGACGGCAGCACAGACUUGACAACGUGCUCCAUCCAGGCAACUGACCUUGUUGCAGACAUUUGCGACGGCGAAGAGGCGUGCCGUGUGUCUGCAUGCAACUCUGUCUUCUCCGAUCCGUGCGUGGACACGUACAAAUACCUCGAGGUCGACUACCAGUGUGUCGAUGAGGACGAUGUUGACGAGGAGGUUCGCUGUGGCGAGCACACGACCACACGGGCACCCACCACCACCACUGAGCGUCGCACCACAACAACGGAGCGCCCAACUACCACCACUGAGCGUCGCACCACAACAACGGAGCGCCCAACUACCACCACGGAGCGUCGCACCACAACAACUGAGCGUCGCACCACAACAACGGAGCGCCCAACUACCACUACGGAGCGUCGCACCACAACAACGGAGCGCCCAACUACCACCACUGAGCGUCGCACCACAACAACGGAGCGUCGCACCACAACAACUGAGCGUCGCACCACAACAACGGAGCGCCCAACUACCACUACGGAGCGUCGCACCACAACAACGGAGCGCCCAACCACCACCACAGAGCGUCGCACUACGACAACGGACCGCCCAACUACCACCACGAAGCGUCGCACCAAGACAACGGACCGCCCAACUACCACCACGGAGCGCCCAACAACAACCACGGAGCGUCGUACCACGACCACUGAGCGCCCAACUACCACCACGAAGCGUCGCACCAAGACAACGGACCGCCCAACUACCACCACGGAGCGCCCAACAACAACCACGGAGCGUCGUACCACGACCACUGAGCGCCCAACUACCACAACGGAACGCCGCACCACGACAACGGAACGCCCAACUACCACAACGGACCGCCCAACUACCACCACUGAGCGUCGCACCACAACAACUGAGCGUCGCACUACGACCACUCCUGGUGGAGAUGUGUGUGGUGACUUGACUGCGACACGUGACUUCCUUGGCAACCUCAUCUUCUGCGGUCAGUCUGGCCAUGCGUGCCCAGGUGGAAGCUUCUGUGGCAGCCGCGACUACUGCUGUGACCGCGCGGAGCCAUCCACCACCAUCACGGAGCGUCGCACCACGACAACUGAACGCCCAACUACCACAACGGAGCGCCGCACCACGACAACGGAACGCCCAACUACCACAACGGAACGCCGCACCACGACAACGGAACGCCCAACUACCACAACGGACCGCCCAACUACCACCACUGAGCGUCGCACCACAACAACUGAGCGUCGCACUACGACCACUCCUGGUGGAGAUGUGUGUGGUGACUUGACUGCGACACGUGACUUCCUUGGCAGCCUCAUCUUCUGCGGUCAGUCUGGCCAUGCGUGCCCAGGUGGAAGCUUCUGUGGCAGCCGCGACUACUGCUGUGACCGCGCGGAGCCUUCCACCACGACAACGGAGCGCCAAACUACCACCGCUGAGCGUCGCACCACGACAACAGCGCCUGGCACCCGUACAGAAACGCGCACAGAGACUAAGAUGGAGACAACGCGUGCACGGACCACCACGGCUCCUCGCACUACAGCGACGGCAACUGCCACCGCCACACACACGCGCACACGCACCGAGGCCACCACGACAGUCCCUGCCACACACACGCGCACACGCACCGAGGCCACCACCACAGCGACGGCCACGCGUACAGCGACACGCACACGCACCGAUGCGGCCAGCACCACCACACCCAUGUCUCGCAUCCACUAUGUCACCAUCACCUUCCCCGACAUUGACUUCUUCAGCGUGUUCACACACCCGUCCUCUGCGCGUGCGCUUGAGUUUGCGGGCGCCGUGUGGGAGAGGCUGGUCGAGGAGGACGUUGCCGGACCCAAGGAGAUCCGCACCAUCGACGUGUCGCUCGGUUCGAACGGUAUCGACGUGAUUGUCGGCGCCAUCAACGCCGACGCCGCCGACCGUAUUGAGCGCUACGUUGGCGCCCGCGCGUUCUGCAUGCCCGUGUCGGAGGUGCAGAUUGUGCUGUGCACGAGCGGUGCGCAUCGCCAGCUCACCACCACGCGUGACACGCGCGCAACCACGACGGGCACGUCCGCGCGUCGCUGGACCACCACCACGACCGUGCGCAUCAGCAACGGUGAACGCGUCGGUGCAGACAACAGCAACGGUGGCAACGGUGGCAACGGCGACAGUGGCUCCACGGGUGACGGGUCCGGGUUCAAGUUCUCCACCACGACCAGCAUCAUCCUUGGCGUGGGCACCCUCAUCAUCGCCAUCGCUGUGAUUGCCGUGCUUGUUGUUCGGCGCCAGGCCAAGCGACGCGAGGCGCUGCGGUCGGAGCAGUUUGCAUUCAGCGACCACCGCCGCCGCAAGUCCAGCAUCACCGCCUUUGCGCAGGCCCUGCACUCGAUGAGCGCGACAGACGUGUCCACGCCGCCUGCGUACGCCAGCCCGCAGCACAGCGCGCCGCCAUCCUCCACAGCACCAACAGAGGUGGAGGUUGCUCGCAUCAACACGGCCCACGCCCACCACGCAUACCACCACGCCGACCCCAGCAGCGACGCGUCCAGUGCAACGUACGACCGCGCAACCUACGAGCGGGCCAGCUCUGCAGGGUAUGAUCCAAUGGCGCAGAGCACAACGGCAGGCGGCAUCCGCCUACUGCCUGGUCGCUCCACGCACGGCGAUGACGCUGUGGUGGCAGGGUACACCGCCGCCAGCGCUUCUGGCGACUAUGACAUUGCAAGCAACCACUAUGGAUACUCCUCGACGCGUUACGACAACGCAGACCCGUAUGCUGUUGCAGAGCCUGACAUGACGGCGCCCGAGCAGGCACACAUUCUCUCGCGCCAGCGCAGGUUGUCCCGUGGGAACUUGCUUUCUCCACGCACGAACGCCCUGUACACCCGCAACGCCCCCGAGAUUGUUGCUGCGUCCAACGUGACGCGCGCAAACGCGCCGCCGCCACCGCCAUUCCCGCUGCACGAGAGCAAGCGCAAGAAGCGCGUCGUUAUCUCGGCUGAUGUGCGCGACAACGUGCCGCUCGGUGCACCGGCGAAACCGCCCCGCUCGCGCACGAGCAUGGACGAGAGCAGCACGGACGACGCAGAUGUUGAUGCGGAGAUGCAGCGGCUGCACCUCGGGGCAGGUCGGCGAUCAGAGGAGCACGAGCUCAAGUCGAUUCUGUCGCGGGCGCGCGCUGCAACACCCACGUCUGCACAACUCCGACACAGGACCCCAACGCCGUCCCUUGAUGUCUGAGCACGUGCUGUGCUCUAUGUAUGUGUUCGUGUCUGUGCCUGUGUGUGUGUGUGUGUGUCUGUG